AUGAAGCUUGCUACGUGCCUCGCUCUUGUCCCCCUCGCCGCCGAGGCUGCUCUUCCAUCGAACGGCUGGUUUGGUGGACGUGGAGUUGCCCUGGUCGUCAAGGGUGGGGACCAAAAGUUCACGUAUGCCACCAAGGACGGCGGCAGCGACAGCGCGUCUUUCUACGGAGAGGCCCCGAAGGGCGGGUCGUUCUUGAGGGAAAUCGCCGACUCCUUCAGGGACACUGUCAAGGACACCGAGGAAAAAUUCAAGCAGAAGGAAACUGUUGUCGCGCCAACCAACGAGGACCGUUUCCACGUCGGCCCUUUCUGGGAGAGCAAGCUCUUCAAGGAAGGCGGGCUGGGAUUCCUCUUCGGGCUUGGCACGGGUGUCUGCGUUCGAAAGGUCAACCAGAACGCCGCCUAUGCCGUGAGCGGCGCUCUCGUAGCCGCGCAGUACGUGUCUCGCACUGACAUCCUAGGUUGUGGUGGCAAGCUGGGUUGGCCCAAGCUGGACGACUACAAGCUGAGGGACUGCGAGCGCGAGAACUUCGGCUUCAUCUGGCGCACCGGCCGCACCUUCAAGCACACCGUUCAGGAAUCCCUCGAAACAUGCGAGGGAUACGUGAUCGGGUUGGCCGCGGGCCUAAAGGCACCUCUUCCCUAAUGAGGUGUUCCUGUCGUACGCGCGGUUUCCACACAACUUCGGAGGCCUUUAAGUAAGGCUCAGGAGCCUACAGUAGUUUUAUUCGCUAACUCCGCGUGGACAUCGCGUGCAGGUCGCUUGGUGCUCGAACGGAAAGGGUCGGUGCCCUUGGAGCUGAGUGGCCCCCAUUAGGGUUGGUGACCCCCCAUCAGGGCGGAACAGACCCCUCCGUGAUGAGCCAUUCGCUCCCAUAUUUAUAUCAGCGUUCCUGAACAGCAGCGCAGAGCUGGUCUGCUCCACACUAAGUGUUGUUCUCCUGUAGACAUGUGUAGGUUAUUUACUUAGCAGUUAUAAAUAGAGUAUGCAAUAGAUGAUUGUAUGUCAGCCCCCGGCACUGUAGCGCAAACGUUUUUUCUCGGACUUGCUGGUACAUGUGGUUUUGGGCAGUGUUCACCGCUUGCCUAACGCUCGCGGGCGAUUUUUCUUUUCUACAUAUUUUCUACAGGUAGCCUGCUUGGGGACGCAUAGACACUCGCCAGAACAUUCAAGAGUGGUCGAAUUGUAGAUGUGGCGUGGAGAGAGAGCAAGCGUGCAAGUAGUAUUCAACCUGGUAAGUAAGUAGAUGUAGAUCUUAGGGUACUAGUCUAAGGAGUGGCCACCACGACCUAGUAUUCGUGACAUUAUAUAUAUAUGCACGCCGACCGCAGGAGGAAUGGACUCCACAUGUUGUGACGGAAAGGAGAAUUCUUCUUUGUACUUCCGACCGCUACUAGCUGCGUACGCCUUGACCGGCUGGGAAUCGGUUGAUUGAAUAUCAGAAGAACUUACUGAUACAGCAGUAGCCUCCCGUGGCCAUUAUCGUCCAGUGUGUGUGGACAAGAGGCAUCGUUUUGUUUGUCCCACACAUGAAAGACCAAGUUGGCUCAAGCACG